AUGAAGUUGGAAACAAGCCACAUGCGAUAUUUAACUGCAGAUGACUUUCGGGUUCUUCAAGCAGUUGAGCAAGGAUCCCGUAACCACGAAGUAGUUCCUACCCAGAUGAUCCAUCAGUUGUCCGGAAUGAGAUCGAUUUCAGGUACAAACAGAGCAAUCAGUGAUUUGGCUAAAUUGAAACUGGUUUCUAAGUUAAGGAACGCAAAGUAUGAUGGGUACAGACUGAGCUACAAUGGGUUCGACUAUCUUGGUUUGAAAGCUAUGCUCAAUAAGGAUACAGUCUACUCUGUCGGUAACAUCAUAGGUGUGGGAAAAGAAUCCGAUGUUUAUCGUGUCAGCGAUAGAAAUGGCCAAGCAAAAGUUUUAAAAAUCCACAGGCUAGGACGUACGUCAUUUCACACCGUGAAGAACAACAGAGAUUACUUAAAACGCAAUCAAAGCGGUAGCUGGAUGCACCUUUCCCGCCUUGCAGCCAACAAAGAACAUCAAUUCAUGUCACUAUUGUACUCAAAAGGUUUUACGGUUCCUGAACCCUUCGACUAUUCACGUCAUAUGGUUCUCAUGGAACUAAUAAACGGUUUUCCCAUGAGAAGGCUUCGGAAGCACAAGAACUUACCUAAAUUAUACAGUGACUUAAUGUGCUUUAUUGUCAAGUUAGCAAACCAUGGACUGAUUCAUUGCGAUUUCAAUGAAUUUAAUAUUAUGAUAAAAGAUGAAACAGAUGGUGAAGAUGAUUGCGGGUUUAUUGUUAUCGACUUUCCUCAGUGUAUUUCCAUCCAACAUAAGGACGCAGAGUACUAUUUCAAGCGUGACGUUGAUUGCAUUCGUAGAUUCUUUUUGAAAAAGCUCAAAUAUGAACCGGCGGCUGAUUCCUCCAUGUUAGACGUCGAAGGGUUCGGAGAAGGUUAUAAGUAUGCAUACCCUGUCUUCAGUCGAGAUGUUAAGAGAUGCGAUAAUCUUGAUGAGCUAGUUCAGGCAUCAGGUUUCAGUAAAAAACAUCCAGGAGACAGGAGCUGGGAAGAAGCAGCUGAACUAAUGAGAAAAGAUGUAGAUGAUGAAGAAAGCAAUGAUUCACAAAGUGAAAAUGGAAGUGAAGAUGAACUUAUCUACAGCGAUGAAUCGGAAGACUACGAUUACUACGCUUCAGAUUCAGAAGACGAGCCCACUGGUAGCGAAGAAGAAGAUGGUCUCCACGAAGAGAAUGAACGAAUUAUUGAAGCAUUGUCAAGCGGAGUGGGAAAUCUGAAGAUGGACAAAUUGGGAAACUAUGUAUUAGAGGAUUAA